AUGGAUGGAGGUACCGUCAUAGGUGGUAGUGGUGGCAUGUGGUCCUUGUUAUGGCAAGGUGAAGGUAGUGAAGCCGUGAGGCUGUGCAACUGCAGCAACAGCUGUGUGGUGUGGCUAUUGUUGUGCUGCAACUGCAGGACAGUGCGGCAGAGCAGCGACGACUGCUGGAUGCGGCUAGGAUCCAAGAGGUGGCUGCAAGGUGCUGGGAGCUAUAGGGAGUUUCUAGAACAUGCGGCGUUGGCAGCCACGGGAGGCUACUGCAAAGUGCUUGCAGAUGCAGUUUCAAGCAGUUGCAGUGAGGUUUCCACCAUGAAACCAUGA